GAAGUCCAUAGGGCUAAACGGAAUAAAGAGUUAAGCGCUGUGGACCGAGAACAAGAAUUACUAGGCGGUCCCAAUUCGGGCCGCUUGGGCGUGACCAGAACCUCACUCGAGGCCCUCUGCGCAUUGCGCCUUAAGCAAGACACUGAUUGUUUCCGCCAUACCGGUGUUUUGUUUCUCGGACAAUGUAGAUUACACAGGAAAUGAACCCCGCUGAACCCUAAGAUCUGUCCUUCUCUAGGAGCCGGUGGUAGACAUGAAAACCAUUCGCGAAACCCUUCUUUCUGUCAAGGGAGAAAAUGAAACCUCCAUCCAGCCGAUUUUGAAGGCUCUCUCCGCGCUCGGCUUCCAUGAGCAUGACCAGGCCGGUAAGGCCUUCAGCCUGCUAAAAGCAGAAAGAGCGGCAGGCCUCAAUGUUCGGCAGCAGUUGGCACUAACAGCUGCCAUUCAAGCUGUGGCGGCUAGCCUGGGCGACGCGGGGAGCGCGACAACAGCUGGUGGCGUUGGAGGUGGCGGCACGGCGGCUCUGGAGAAGGGCGCCAGCGGCGGACAAGGGCUGCUGCCUCUGGCAGUGGGCGGCCCACUCCUGCUGCUGGUGCUGGUGGUUGAUCGCGGUGUGGGCAGGUUAAGCGAGGCCGUGGAGUGCGUGAAGGCGUUCAUAGCGCACAACGACCCGCAGCUGGCGGUCACUUAUAAAACCAUCCGCGGACUCGGGUUCGUGGGUAGCAUUGGCAUGGGCGCGGCGGCGGCGGUUGGCGUGUGCCUCAAGCGCCUGAACGUGCGCCCUGGCCGGCCCCGCGUGCUGCGCCCGGUGCACCCUAAGCUGGACACGACAGGCUCGGGGCAGGGCCCGGAGCAGCACUCAAGCCUGGCUCCUGCAUCGCCCGCAAUGUCAGACUCCGGCGCUUGAAGUGCUGGCGCACGAGCCGCCCUGGCAGACCCCCAGCAGGGUUCAGCCGCCGCUGCUGGCAGUAGCAGCAGGGGCCCCUCUGCCGCUGCUACUGCCGCGCCUGCCUCCUACGAACGGGCAACCGCGGCGGCGGCUGUGUCCGGCGGUGCGGUGGACCUGCGUGAUGCACCGUCGCUGAUGCCAGCGACGGCGGCAGACGGCGGCGGCAGUAGCAAUGCUGGCAUCAUCAGCAGUAGCGAGCGGUCUGGAGAGGGUCGGGUGGGGAUGGGGGAGGAGGCGGAGGUGGCGGCGGCGGCGGCGGAGCGGGGACUGCAGGCGGCGGUGGCGAUGCGGCGUGACGACGAUAUGGAUGGCGGUGGCGGUAGUGGUGGCUGUGGUGGGGGCCUGGGUGAGGACGUGUGCAGUAACAGUGAGGACGCGUGCAGUCCCGCGGCUGCUGACCCUGCCACACGGUUUCACCAUGGGGCGAGUAGUGAUUGAUCGAGAGGUUGGUUACAAACACAUCAGGUAUGCAGGUAGGUGCGUGGUUAGGUGGUCCGACGACGGUUACAUUGUCAGGCAGGCGGUGUGCAAGGUGGCAACCACUGAUGGGCAGGGGAAGUGCUGCGCAAAUGAGGGCAGCGGGACGCGCCCGGCUGCAGCUUGCAUUUGAAGUAGUGGUGAAAUGCCUACGUGGAAUGACCGCGUGGGGCGCACGUCUUACUGCUGAGUUAUCUAGCGCGCGGUUGCGGGCUAUGCGGGCUUGGCGCAACACAACAUUGGUAUCUUGUGUUUUAAGAAUGGUUAAGGAAGGAGUCUUACUUGUGGCUAUGAUUACACUCUGGGACUACUCGGGCAGGUCUCAAGCCAGCGUGCGUGCAUGCCGCAUUGUGCGCACACACCUGCAGACCGCUUUCUUUGCGAACUACA